CCAGAAAUUAACAAAUGACAUAAGCAAAGCGAUAGCAGUAGUGGUGAGCAAGGCGUGUUGGGAAGAAGUUAAAAGUUAUUUAAAUUGUUAUACCACUUUUAAAAAAUGCAACCGCAAAUAAUUCUCCUUAAGGAGGGAACUGAGAACAGCCAGGGCAAGCCCCAACUGAUCUCGAAUAUAAAUGCUUGCCAGGCCGUUGUGGAUGCAGUCAGAACAACACUUGGCCCAAGGGGAAUGGAUAAGUUAAUAGUAGACAAAAACGGAAAGUCCACCAUCUCAAAUGACGGUGCUACCAUUAUGAAAUUACUGGAUGUUGUUCAUCCCGCAGCAAAGACACUUGUUGACAUAGCGAAGUCACAGGACGCCGAGAUUGAUAAGAAAAAUGUAGCUGAACAUCGUUCAUUGCUAGAGAAAUGUGCAGCAACAGCCCUAAGUUCAAAGCUAAUAAGCCACCAAAAAGGAUUCUUUUCAAAAAUGGUCGUUGAUGCUGUUUUACUUUUGGAUGAGCUUUUACCGCUCAAUAUGAUUGGGAUCAAGAAGGUGACAGGAGGUGCAUUGGAAGAUUCGCUGUUGGUAGCAGGCGUCGCUUUCAAGAAAACAUUUUCAUACGCUGGUUUUGAAAUGCAGCCAAAGAAGUAUUCAAACCCCAAAAUUGCUCUGCUUAAUAUUGAACUGGAGCUCAAAGCUGAAAGGGACAAUGCUGAAAUCAGAGUGGAUAAUGUACAGGAAUAUCAGAAGGUGGUGGACGCUGAAUGGAAAAUAUUGUAUGAAAAGUUGGAUUUAAUACACAAAAGUGGAGCAAAGGUAGUACUGUCUAAGCUACCCAUUGGUGAUGUUGCAACGCAGUACUUUGCUGACAGAGACAUGUUUUGUGCUGGACGAGUCCCAGAAGAGGAUCUGAAACGUACAAUGAAAGCUUGUGGAGGUUCCGUAAUGACAACUGCUCACGACUUGAAAGAUUCAGUUCUUGGCAGCUGCGAGUAUUUUGAAGAAAGACAAGUAGGCGGUGAAAGAUUUAACAUUUUUACUGGUUGCCCCAAUGCAAAGACUUGUACAAUUGUACUGAGGGGUGGUGCAGAACAGUUCAUGGAAGAGACUGAAAGAUCCCUUCAUGAUGCCAUUAUGAUAGUCCGGCGUACAAUAAAGAAUGAUGCUGUAGUUGCAGGUGGUGGUGCAAUCGAGAUGGAACUGAGUCGUGCGUUACGUGACUACUCACGUACUAUUGCUGGAAAAGAACAAUUGCUGAUUGGCGCUAUUGCAAAGGCUCUGGAGGUUAUACCAAGACAGUUGUGUGAUAAUGCUGGAUUUGAUGCAACUAACAUUCUCAACAAACUGCGCCAGAAACAUGCACAAGGUAAUUGCUGGUAUGGUGUGGACAUCAACAAUGAAGACAUCAGUGAUAACUUUGAAGCAUGUGUCUGGGAGCCAGCUGUUGUCAAGAUUAACGCAUUAACAGCUGCAUGUGAAGCAGCUUGCCUUGUCUUAUCUGUAGAUGAAACCAUAAAAAAUCCUAAAUCAGGUGGUGGUGAUGCCCCUGCAGGCCGCGGCAUGGGUCGGCCAAUGUAAUUUCAAUCAUCAUAAACUGGCAGGAUCUGUGACAAUAAAGUGUGUGUUAUUUCAUAUCUGAUCAGAGCGCCAAGAGGAAGUCAGAGUACUUGAUUAACAUGAAUUAAUGUGAAUCUGAUGGCCAUAAUUAUGCACACUAUUCUAAUCAGACUGAUCUUUUCUUUUUUUCCCCCCCUCAUGUAACUAUCAGUGCGUUCUGCUGCUAAGUGUUUGAUCUAUGCAUUUCAUUAAAAAUAAAAUAAAGCUUAAGUAUAACCUCACAUUUUUGCAGUAGAAUGUUUCUAUUUAUUAAGUGUGCUGGUUGGAGGCCUUCUAUGUAUGCUAGUGAGCAAAACUUUUUUUAUGUUUUUGUUGUCAUUAUGAACUGUAAUUUGAACAUUUAACAUAAAGACUUCACACAUUUUUAAACUCA